UUAUAAGAAAAGUGCACUUCCAUUAUUUUAUAGCCGUCAUUCUAUAUCAUUAACAUCCUUCUCCCCUGUGCCAUAUUCACCCAGAUUCAUAAUUCAACAUCUAUGGCAGAUGCAAAAGCAAGGUAUGCUGUUGUUACAGGUGCAAAUAAAGGGAUAGGAUUGGAGACUGUUAAAGGGUUGGCCUUAAAUGGAGUUAAGGUUGUGCUCACAGCCAGAGAUCAGAAGAGGGGUCAACAAGCUGUUCAGAAAUUGAAAGAGUGUGGUUUCUAUAACCAUGUGGUUUUUCACCCGCUUGAUGUGACUGACCCUGCUAGUGUUGCAUCCUUAGUUGAGUUUGUAAAGACCCAGUUUGGGAGACUUGAUAUCUUGGUUAACAAUGCAGGAAUCAGUGGGUUCAAUGUAGAUAACAUGAUAGAAUCAACAAUUAACUGGAAGGAACUGACUCAAACUUGUGAGAUGGCUGAAAAAUGCUUAACAACAAACUAUUAUGGUGCUAAGGAAACAACUAAGGCGCUUCUUCCCCUUCUUCAGUUAUCCAAUUCACCUAUGAUUGUUAAUGUUUCCUCCCAAGCAGGGCUGUUAAAGCACAUAUCAAACAAAUGGGCUAAGGGGGUGCUUGAUGAUACUGAAAAUCUUACAGAAGAGCUAUUAGACAAGGUACUGAAGGAGUAUAUGAAAGACUUGAAAGAAGGUUCACUAGAAAACAAGGGUUGGCCAACCUUCCUUUCAGCCUAUAUGGUCUCAAAAGCAGCUAUGAAUUCUUACACAAGGCUUUUGGCCUAUAAGCACCCUAACUUCUGUGUUAAUUGUGUCUGCCCUGGUUUUGUCAGAACAGACAUUAACAAAAACACAGGCAUCUUAUCUGUUGAAAAUGGUGCUGCUAGUGUUGUGAGAUUAGCACUUCUUCCCUAUGGUUCCCCUUCUGGCCACUUCUUUGCUAGGCAAGAAGUGUCAAGCUUUUGAAUGAUUUUUAAUGUAUUACAAUCCUGCAUAUCACAAGGGGAAAAAAAUGAUAGGGAGUGUGUCUUGGAUGAGAUUGUUACCAUUUGUACUUUAUUGUCUCAUAAUGAAAUGUGGGGAAUACAUCUAAG